AUGGAGGUGUCAAAGUUUGGAACAGUUGUAGUGAAGCUGAGAGAAGCUUUCAGACACGCAGAAACUAAAGUCUCCAGCUCACUUCCUCUGAGUCAAACCAGAAAGAAACAGUCGGUUCUCAUCGAGAUCCUCCAGAAGGAGCAGGACGAGCAGCAGGAGAAGGAGGACGCUGACUGGACGAUGGAGGGAAGACGUGUUCUGCAGCUGCUCUGUCUGACCUUCACUCUCAUCUCCACCACUCGACUGUCUCCUCCAGGUCUGACUGUGAGUCCCAGCAGAUCUCAGUUCCUUAAAAGAACCUCAGUGUCACUGAGCUGUGAGGAGGACGGAUGGACAGUGCGGAGAAAGACCAGUGGCGACAAAGAGAGAAGUUCAUGUGGAGACGGGUGGGGAAAACCUGCUGGUUCCUCCUGUAGCAUCAGUGCAAUUUACCCCUGGGACAGUGGAGCUUACUGGUGUGAGUCCAGAGAGGGAGCAGCUGGAAGCAGCAUCAACAUCACUGUAGCUGAUACAGUGGUCCUCCAGAGUCCAGUCCUCCCUGUGAUGGAGGGACAGGACGUCACUCUGGGUUGUAGAACCAGCGCUCCCUCCACCCUCUCAGCUGAGUUCUUUAAAGAUGGCGUCUUCAUUGGGACCGAGUCCACAGGUCACAUGACCCUCCGCCAUGUUUCCCGCUCUGCUGAAGGCCUCUACAGGUGUAGCUUCAGAGGUGUUGGAGAGUCUCCACCCAGCUGGGUCUCUGUCUCAGCUCCGCCUACCAAGGCAGCUCCGCCCACUGAGGGAGCUCCGCCCACUGAGGGACCUCUGCCCACAAGUGGAUCUCUACCCACUAGUGCCAUCCGGCUCCAGCUUGUGCUCAGUGUUUUCCGCCACCUGCUGGUUUUCUGUCCAUACUUCAUCUCCACUCUGCUCAUGGUGUCGAUAUAUCGAGGCAGAGCCAAAGCCACAGGAAGCAAACAAGUCAUCUCAAUGGCAACGCCCUCUGCUGCCCAGGCUGAGCAGGGAUUGGACGAUGGAGUGAUGAUGUCAUAACCAGUAUAACAAGCCAGCGUCUGCUCUGAAGAUGAGGAGCU